UCACACACAGUACAGCCGCGCGACCUGCUCCGUGCUGGACGGGAGGCGGACUGACCUGGAGGCUGCAGAGCGCAGGGAACCAACCGGACGCCCGGAGCCGCUGCCUGCUUUUUUGCUGCGUUUUGCGUCUCUCGCUCCACUGUCCCGGCGCUCCGUCCGCUCACACCAUCACCUGCCCAAACGCGCACCAGCGGAGGAUGCUGCGGGUGAAGACGCCCGGCAGCGCGUGAGCGAGCGAGCGAGCGAGCGAGCGAGCGACCCCGGUCCGAGCGCGUCCCACGGCUGCGCUGCGGGCUGCAGUUCCCGGGGAGCGGGUGCGAGCGCCGGCUUGACGCGCGGCGCGGGUCACGACGGUAAAAAGUGGACAGACAAUUGGAGCAAUUGGAGGAAUGGUCGCCCGCGUCCGUGCGGCUGGAUCGCUGGACUUGUUUUAAGCGGCUUUGCGGCGCCGUGGAUCGCUGUGCUCUUUCGCGAAGGUCUGGAGCGGCACCGACUCGGAGCCGAGGACGAGCCGAGCCUGUAGUCGGGCUGGAACGCUCGGAGCCGGGGAAACGCGCGGAUCUCACACGGCCCAGGUCAGGGAGGUCGGGCAGAGCCAUGGCGGCGCCGAGCUGGGAGGUCGCCCUGUUCCUGGCACUCAUCCUGCCGCUCUCCUGCACGGCUGCACCCACAGACAUCCUCUACCGCGUCUCUGAGGAGCAGCCGCCCAACACCAUGAUCGGCAGCCUGGCAGCGGACCAGGGCCUGCCGGACACCGGGCACCUCUACAAGCUGGAGGUGGGCUCGCCGUACCUGCGGGUGGACGGCAAGACGGGCGACAUCUACACCACAGAGAUCCCCAUCGACCGCGAGAAGCUCAAAGACUGCCGCAACCUGUUCGAGGGCGACAAGUGCUUCCUGGAGUUCGAGGUGUCCAUCACUGACAUGGUGAAGGGCAUCGGCUCAGGGCCGCGGCUGAUCGAAGGCCGCAUCGAGGUGCAGGACAUCAACGACAACACGCCGCAGUUCUCCUCCCCCAUCCUCACCCUCUCCAUUCCAGAGAACACGCACAUCGGCGCCCUCUUCUCCAUCCCCAUGGCCACCGACAAGGACUCCGGCAGCAACGGCGUGGCCGAGUACGCGCUGAGCACCGGCCCGGACGCCGAACAGCUCUUCACCCUUCAGGUCGCCGUGGACACGGACGAGAAGCUGCCGCAGCUGGUCGUCAUGGGCAACCUGGACCGUGAGAAGAAGGACUCCUACGACUUGACCAUCCGGGUGGUGGACGGCGGGAAGCCGCAGAGGGCGAGCACCGCUCUGCUGCGGGUCACGGUCACCGACCAGAACGACAACGCGCCCAAGUUUGAGAGAAAUCACUACGAGGCCGAGCUGCCGGAAAACAGUCCGCUGGGACACUCUGUGCUGCAGGUCAGAGCCAAUGACGCCGACUCAGGCACCAAUGGGGAGAUUGACUACAGCCUCCAUCAGGCAUCAGAGACUGUCCAGAGGCUUCUGCGCAUUGACCGUACCACUGGCAUCAUCUACGUUAAAGGCCUGGUGGACCGCGAGGAAGAGAACUUCCUCAAGUUUUCUGUGGUUGCCAAAGAUCGUGGACCCAACUCCAGAAGCUCCAAAGUCAUGGUGACUAUCAACGUCAAAGACCAGAAUGACAAUGCCCCAGCUAUUGAGAUUCGUGGUAUUGGCUUGGUGACACACUACAAUGGUGUGGCCAACAUCUCUGAAGACAUGCCUGUUGGUACACCGGUGGCCUUGGUCCAAGUCUCCGACCGUGAUGAGGGGGAAAAUGCAGUGGUGACCUGCGUGGUUGCUGGCGAUGUUCCAUUUCAGCUCAGACCUGCAAGUGAAUCAGCCAAUGAUCGGAAGAGGAAAUAUUUCCUGCAGACAACCACCCUCCUGGAUUAUGAACGCGUUAAGGAUUACAGAAUUGAAAUUGUCGCUGUAGACUCUGGGAACCCAGCCCUGUCGAGCACCAACUCCCUCAAGGUUCAAGUCACGGACAUGAAUGAUAACACUCCUUCCUUCUCCCCUUCACUGCUGGAGGUGGACUUUGCCGAGGGCAACCAGCCAGGCGACAGGGUGCUGGAUCUCAUAGCAACAGACGCAGACAGCGGCAGCAAUGCCGAGCUGGCCUAUAGCAUUGUUGAUUCUUCUGCCAGCGCGCUCUUUGACAUCGACACCAACACUGGGGAGGUGCGCGUGAAGAAUAUGCUGGACCGAGAGAUCAAAGAUCGUUAUGAGUUCUAUGUAGCUGCUGCAGACAAAGGUGUUCCCAGUAAAACCGGAACUGCAACUGUCAUUAUUAAUGUUCUGGAUCGCAAUGACAAUGACCCCAAGUUCACGCUCAGCAGCUACAGCUUUUCUGUCAUUGAGAACAUGCCUCCACUCAAUCCUGUUGGUGUUGUGACUGUCAAUGAUGCCGACAUGGGCGAAAAUUCCAGAGUCAGACUUUUUGUGGAACCAGACAAUGGCAAGUUUCUAAUCCAGAACGGCACAGAAACCAUUUUAUCCAGCAUCUCCUUUGACCGAGAGAAGGAGAGCACGUACACUUUCCGCUUGAAGGCAGUAGAUUCUGGGGACCCACCUCGUUCCUCCUAUGUGGGCGUAACCAUCAAUGUCCUAGAUGAGAAUGACAAUGCCCCUUAUGUCACCAAACCGGCCAACUCCUCCUACACAUACCUGACACCCGUCACCCCGCCAGACACCCGUGUAGAGGUGGUGGAGGCUGAGGACAUUGACUCUGGGCCCAAUGCUGAGCUGGUCUACACCAUCACAGGCGGCAACCCGUACGAUCUGUUCCACAUAUCGCCAACUAGUGGGGAAAUCACACUGGCACAGGAAUUCACCGGUAAGCACAAUGGGCUGCAUCGCCUGGUGGUGAAGGUCACUGACAAAGGCAAACCUCAGCGGCACACCACCGCUCUCGUCCACGUCUAUGUGAAUGACACCAAAUCCAAUGUCUCUCAGAUUGAGGCACUGGUUGGACACAGCCUCUAUACACCCUUAGACAGAGACAUAGCUGGAGAUCCAAACUAUUCCCAUUCUCAGCGUAGCAACAUCUUGUAUGGCAGCCUUGCAGGCAUUGCUGGUGUGAUUCUGGUCAUUGUAGCCGUGGUGGUCAUCAGGCAUCGGCUACAAAAGGACACCAAGAGUGGCUACCAGGCUGGCAAGAAGGAGAGUAAGGACCUGUAUGCUCCAAAACAGGGCCCCAAAAACGGCAAAGGGAAAAAGACCAAGAAGGGAAAAGCUCCAAAACCUGCCAAACCACUCGAGGAGGAUGAGGAAGCGAGUCUGCAGAAAGGCCUCAAGUUUAACCUUAUCAACGACAACGUCAAUGACAGUCCCAGAAUCCAUCUGCCCCUCAACUACCCACCCGGAAGCCCAGACCUGGGCCGCCACUACCGCUCCAACUCCCCUCUACCCUCCAUCCAGCUCCAGCCACAGUCACCCUCUGCCUCCAAGAAGCACCAGGCUGUUCAGGACCUCCCUGCCACCAACACCUUUGUGGGAACAGGCGACAACAACUCCACGGGCUCCGACCAAUAUUCGGAUUACAGCUACAAGGCCAACCCACCCAAAUACAGCAACAAACAGGUAGGAGAGUACGCAAACACGCCAGUGUACCACAGGAACAUCUAUUGGACCAACGGGGUGUGGUAGUCUGCCGGGACUUGACAGUAUUUUCCACCAAAGCUGCACUGAUUCCUCUGCACAUCACCCACUUCCAAACAGCUUUUAUUUUGGCUUUGCUUUUAGUUUUGUCACCAUUUCUGUUUUGUUCAGAUUUUGAUUUUUUUUCUCAACAUGGACCCCACGAUGUUCACCUCAUGAAGGAUCAUAAAGGAUAGACCAAAUAUGGGCUCUCCAGUGUAAAUCAGUUGAUAUUUGGUGUCAGAAACUGAAAUCAACUCUGCUAAGUUCUAGUGUUUAACUUGCUUUUCUUGCCGUUCAUGUUUCCCAAUCGUACUUCAAAAUGUUCCACUGUUGCAGUUCACAGCAAUUACAGCAAAAACAUUUUAAAAAAUGUAUUGCUUUUUUAAAACAGCAAGAAAACAAUGGAUGACAUAGAUGGAUUUUUCUAACGAUGCUCAUAUGGGUCUAUCCUUACUGUCUUUGUUUUGUAUGUUGUUUUAUUCAUGUUUAGUUCUACAUUUUCAUAGUGGGUUAAAUUAUAAGUUUUUCCUUUUAAUUUUUACAGAUGUUAAGUCUAAGUUUUUUGUGCGACCAUUGAAUGGUUCACACUGACAUCCUCAUUAAGUCUGAAUGUUGUUUUUUUUUCUUCCGAGAGCUGACUCAAGGUUUAAAGCUUCUCUUUAUGACCGGAUCAGCUCAUUGAAGUGUGACAAAGGGUGACUGUGAAUUCCUGACUUCUUUUUGUACCCAUUUUUAUUGUUUCUUGGCUUUCUUUGCCCAGGAACUAGACUAGCUGAGCAGCACUUUAGAGUGUUUCCAUCCAAUUCAGACCAAUUUAAGGUUAUUUCAGCUUGGUCAGAGAGCCAAGCAGUGAGGAGAGAAAGGGACUAAAAAAGAGGAGGUUGUGAAAAGCUACGACACUAUGAAGGAAAAGGUACACUAGGACUAAAUAGAACCAUUUCUUAACCUCUACACCUCCUGUCAGCUCAGCUGAAAUACUGCUUUUAAUUUUGCCGUGUUCCCAAUCACCAGGGCUAAAAAGUCAAUUGUUUGCACAGAUUAAUGACAGGUAAUUUUCCACGCUCCCGCUUUCGCCUUCUUUUACCCAGAGUGCCUUGCUCUAUUCUAUUUAAUGUACAGACGGGGGCAGAUGGGGGCCAUUACUGCGUGAUUGUGACGAGUUCCCACGUCGUCCGGUUGUGUGGUGGUGUUGGUGGACUUGCGGCUGUGAAAUUGAAAAUGUUACGUGCACUGUGAAAUCCAUGAAGACAAUCACAUUAAGGUGUUGCAGUGAUGAGCAGACUGUACAUAUGUGUCAAAUAUUGUGUUUGUUCGUGCUUCCCCAUCUGCUGUUUAUGUUGCCACGUUACUUUGUGUGUGUGCUUAACAAGGGCAUCUCAUUGUUCUGUACCAAAGACUCACACACACAACUGCAUAUUCAUCCAGACUGCGCUUGCUCGUGCGGCGGGUUUAGAGUUCACAGCUGGCGUUAGCAGCCUGCUCGUCCUCCUGCUGGGUUAAUAUUUAGCCUGUUGACACUUCACAGCAACUCAGGCCAAUCACACACCUGCCCUCGCUUCAGCGUUUCUUCUCUGGGGAAAAUGUACAGUGUUUUGUUCUGUUUUUUCAAUUUUGUUGUGUUUUUUAAAAUCAGAUUCUAUUUCAAUAAACAUGUUCCUUAAAUGUUGAA